GUUUGUGUCGAAUGAUUCAAUUAUUUCCAAUUUAAUAACAAUUAUAAUGAUAAUAUUGGGCAGGUUGGUGUUAGAAUUCGCUGGAAAAUAGAAAGAAAUAGGUAGAAUAUUAAAAAAAAAAGAAAAAGAAAAUGAUGACCAUGACAAUUUCUCCCCCUUCCAUUCCCCUCACUCAUCUUCAACGUUAUAAAACAGCCUCGGUCAAACAGGGAUUGGGUAAUCAUCAAUCAAUCGGUGGCGGAGGACUUUUGGUAAUGGCGUCUUCAUCUCCGAAGAAUCUGACGACCACCAACUAUUUGAAGCAUGUGGAGUCCAUGAAAUCUCUACCUUCGGGCGCCGGCAAGAUUUCUCAAUUGAACGCUGUCAUCUUGGGCGAGGCUCUUGCUUCGGAAGAGGACGACCUCGUUUUCCCAAGCGAUGGCUUCUCUCGCCAGGCUCUGGUCCCUUCUCCACAAAAGUACCUGGAAAUGUACAAAAGAUCAAUAGAGGAUCCCGCUGGAUUCUGGUCCGACAUUGCAUCAUCGGAGUUCUAUUGGAAGCAGAGGUGGGGAGAUCAUGUCUACUCCGAGAAUCUCGAUGUGAGGAAAGGGAAUAUCAAGAUCGAGUGGUUCAAAGGCGGCAUCACCAAUAUCUGCUACAAUUGUUUAGAUAAAAACAUUGAUGCCGGACUUGGAGAUAAAAUCGCCCUUUACUGGGAAUCCAAUGAACCUGGCUUCGAUGCAACUUUGACUUACUCCCAGUUACUCGGCCGAGUUUGCCAGCUUGCUAACUACCUGAAAAGCAUUGGUGUUAGAAAGGGUGAUGCUGUUAUUAUUUAUUUACCUAUGCUAAUGGAACUCCCCAUUGCCAUGCUUGCAUGUGCACGCAUUGGUGCAGUUCACUCGGUACAUGUCUCCUCUUCUUUCAUGCAAAAAAGGGUUGUCUUUGCUGGAUUCUCUGCAGAAUCUCUUGCCCAACGAAUCAUGGACUGCAAACCAAAAGUUGUUAUUACUUGUAAUGCUGUUAAAAGAGGUCCUAAGACCAUCGCCCUCAAGGACAUUGUUGAUGCUGCCCUUAUUGAAUCUGCCAAGAAUGGGACUUCCGCAGAUGUAUGCUUAACCUACGAAAACCAAUCAGCAUUGAAGAGGGAAAGCACUAAAUGGCAGGAAGGAAGAGAUAUAUGGUGGGAGGAUGUUAUCCCAAAAUAUCCAACUACUUGUGAUGUUGAGUGGGUUGAUGCAGAAGAUCCCCUUUUUCUACUGUAUACUAGUGGGAGCACUGGGAAGCCAAAGGGUGUACUCCAUACAACCGGAGGAUAUAUGGUGUACACAGCUACAACAUUUAAAUAUGCAUUUGACUACAAAGAGUCUGAUGUUUACUGGUGCACAGCUGACUGUGGUUGGAUUACUGGGCACAGUUACGUCAGUUAUGGACCCAUGCUUAACGGAGCAACAGUUGUUGUAUAUGAGGGGGCCCCAAAUUACCCUGAUCCUGGAAGAUGUUGGGACAUUGUCGACAAGUACAAGGUGACCAUAUUCUACACAGCCCCUACAUUGGUGCGCUCUCUCAUGCGUGAUGGUGAUGAGUAUGUUACACGCUACUCACGGAAGUCCCUGCGUGUCCUUGGAAGUGUUGGCGAGCCAAUUAAUCCAAGUGCUUGGAGGUGGUUUUUUAAUGUAGUUGGAGGGUCCAAGUGCCCAAUUUCUGACACUUGGUGGCAAACUGAAACAGGCGGGUUUAUGAUUACUCCACUACCGGGUGCCUGGCCACAGAAGCCUGGUUCUGCUACCUUUCCCUUCUUUGGAGUUCAGCCUGUCAUCGUGGAUGAGAAAGGAGUUGAGAUUGAAGGUGAGUGCAGUGGUUAUCUCUGUGUGAAAAGCUCGUGGCCUGGCGCAUUUCGAACUCUUUAUGGUGACCAUGAGAGAUAUGAGACAACAUACUUUAAACCAUUCCCUGGAUAUUAUUUUACUGGUGAUGGCUGCAGCAGGGACAGGGAUGGGUACCACUGGCUUACUGGAAGAGUUGAUGACGUUAUCAAUGUUAGCGGACAUCGUAUCGGCACAGCUGAGGUGGAAUCUGCUCUAGUCUCUCAUCCUCGGUGUGCAGAAGCUGCUGUGGUUGGUGUUGAGCAUGAGGUUAAAGGACAGGGCAUAUAUGCCUUUGUUACUCUUGUGGAUGGCGUUUCUUACAGUGAAGAACUCCGAAGGAGCCUUGUACUCACAGUGCGAAAUCAGAUAGGAGCAUUUGCAGCACCUGACAAAAUACACUGGGCACCUAGCCUCCCAAAAACAAGGAGUGGAAAGAUAAUGCGGAGGAUUCUGAGGAAAAUUGCGUCAAGACAGUUAGAUGAACUUGGAGACACAAGCACGCUAGCAGAGCCAGGUGUAGUUGAUCAGCUUAUUGCACUUGCUGAUUGCUGAAACAAACUAGAAAUCUAGUCUGGUUUCUGGCCGGCCCUUGAUAGUUUUCUAGUUUAAUGAAACAUUUAUGUCGAUUUUUGUGCUCUUCCUUUUUCAUUUUUCCCAUCAUGCAUGUCUUUGGAAGUUGUUUCAUCCAUAGUAAUUUCUGAUUAUUGUGGGUGAAAGUUAUUCAAGUAGGGCCUGGAUACACCCCUCAUUUACUCAUUUUCAUGCGAUACACUUUGUAAACCAAUGUACAGUUGUAGCGUUUGAAAAUAAUGGUAAUAAUUGGGCUGGAAAAUAAUUGUUACACACAAGUUUCUUGCCAUUUUCAGUAACCCUAAUCCAUCCAUACU